AUGUCUACAGGUACUUCUACAGCCGCGGUGAAUCAUGUGCCAUCUGGUACCUCAACUGAUGAUGGAGUAAUCAGCAACGAUGAAGUUCCUCUACAAGAAGUCCAAGGUUCCAAGCUCAAAAGAAUUGAUUCCUUGGACCUCGAAUCCAGCAAAUGUCACCAGAAUAAUCACCAUGGUUCCAUGAAUGGUGCACCGUGGUCGGUAAUAUUGCAUCUUGCAUUCCAGAGCAUUGGAGUGGUUUAUGGAGAUAUUGGAACUUCACCUCUAUAUGUCUUUGCCAGCACCUUUCCAGAUGGUGUUAAGAAUACAGAGGAUAUUCUUGGAGUUCUGUCUUUGAUCCUCUACACGCUCACCUUAAUACCACUCCUUAAAUACGUCCUCAUUGUUCUGCACGCAAACGAUAAUGGCCAAGGUGGAACAUUUGCGAUGUAUUCUUUAAUAUGUCGGUAUGCAAGAGUGGGCUUAAUUCCAAGUCAAGAAGCAGCAGAUCAAGAUGUUUCUAAUUUCCAGCUUGAGCUGCCCAGUAAUACGAGCCGAAGAGCAUCUAGACUCAAAUCCAAGCUUGAAAAUAGCAGAAUUGCCAAGUUGCUUCUGCUAUUGACCGCAAUGCUUGGUACGUCCAUGGUUAUCGGGGAUGGUGUCCUCACUCCAUGUAUUUCAGUCAUAUCGGCUGUAGGAGGGAUCAAGCUACAAACCGAUUCCAUGACUGAAGGCAAAAUUGUUUGGAUAUCAGUUGCCAUUUUGGUCUGCCUAUUUGCAUUCCAAAGAUUUGGGACGGACAAAGUGGGCUACACAUUUGCUCCCAUAAUUUCUCUUUGGUUCCUAUCCAUCGGUUCUAUUGGCAUCUACAAUUUCUUCAAGCAUGACCCAGGGGUUAUAAAAGCUCUAAAUCCAAAAUACAUUAUAGACUACUUUAGAAGGAAUAAGAAGAAUGCAUGGGUUUCCCUUGGAGGAGUUGUGCUAGCUAUUACAGGAACUGAAGCAUUAUUUGCAGAUGUUGGUCAUUUCAGUGUUCGGUCCAUACAAAUAAGCAUGUGUACCGUGACAUACCCAGCAUUGGUUUUGGCAUACACCGGCCAGGCUUCCUAUCUUCGCAAGCAUCACUCAGAUGAAGAAGUGGCUUACACUUUCUACAAGUCUAUUCCCCACCAUAUCUACUGGCCAAUGUUUGUGAUUGCUAUCCUGGCUGCUAUAAUAGCAAGUCAAGCCAUGAUCUCAGCGACAUUCUCUAUAAUCCAACAAUCACUUUCCCUGGGAUGCUUUCCUCGUGUAAAAGUUGUUCAUACAUCCACCAAGUAUGAAGGCCAAGUUUACAUCCCUGAAAUCAAUUACCUUCUGAUGCUGGCUUGUGUUAUUGUCACCAUUGGAUUUAGAACGACAGCGAAGAUUGGCAAUGCAUAUGGGAUUGCAGUGGUUUUCGUAAUGACACUCACAUCAUCAUUUAUGGUGCUGAUUAUGAUAAUGAUUUGGAAAACCAAUAUAUUUCUUGUAAUCCCCUAUGUCCUAGUCAUCGGUUCAGUGGAGCUUCUCUAUCUUAGUUCGGUUCUUUACAAGUUUGAUCAGGGAGGCUACUUGCCGUUAGCUUUUGCACUGGUUCUAAUGUUUAUCAUGUUUGUCUGGAAUGAUGUGUAUCAGAAGAAGUACUGUUUCGAGUUAGAGCACAAGGUUUCUCCUGAUAAGGUCAAGGAUGUAGUUUUACGCGCAAACUCUCAUCGUAUGCCCGGGCUGGCACUCUUCUAUUCGGAACUUGUUCAGGGCAUCCCACCAAUUUUUGAGCAUUAUUUAGCGAAUGUACCGGCUCUGCACUCAAUCUUGGUUUUUGUUUCCAUCAAAACCUUGCCUAUAAGCAAAGUUCCGGUUGAAGAGCGAUUCCUCUUUCGUAGAGCACAGCCUAAUGAUCUCAAUGUGUUUCGUUGUGUAGUCAGAUACGGGUACACAGAUGUGCACAAUGAGAAAGAGCCCUUCGAUGGAUUACUCGUUGAAAGGUUGAAGAGAUUCAUAAUGGAAGACUACAUGUUUUCACGAGACAAUAAUCAAGAGUUGUUAGACAAAUAUAACCAAGUAGAUGAUGGUGCCAUACAAGUUGAAUCUACCAAGUAUCCAACAGCAGUGGAAAGGGAUAUGGAACUGGUUGACAAUGCCUGGCAUGCAGGAGUGGUUCACUUAUUAGGGGAGCAUGAUGUGGUUGCUGCAAAGGGAGCUAGCACUGGAAAGAGAUUCAUGAUAGAUUAUGCUUACAAUUUCUUGAAGAGAAAUGUGAGGCAAAGCAAUAAGGUUUUUGAUGUUCCUCACAAACGGAUGCUUAAAGUUGGGAUGACAUAUGAGCUAUAGAAUAUAAGAGUAGGAUUACAUUUGUACAAGUAAACACUAGCUCAUAACAUGUUGGCUUAGAUAGUAUUACCAUUACCUCGAUCUUUUUCUUUUUCCUCCUCCUUUCCUUCUAAAUUUACUAAAAUCUUGAGUUAUCUCUUA